CGCUGAGCGGACGCUCCGGGCUCCGCCUCCCCCGUGAUGUCACGCGGGGCGGGACUUCCGGCCGCCCAAGUUUAACAGUCCAGGCGGGAGCCGGAAGCGCGGCCGCGGAGCGGGUGGUCCCACGCCUGAGAGGCUCAGUCAUGCAAGAAAACCUCAGAUUUGCUUCAUCAGGCGAUGAUAUUAGAAUAUGGGAUGCUUCGUCUAUGACAUUGGUGGAUAAAUUCAACCCCCACACGUCACCACAUGGAAUCAGUUCGAUAUGUUGGAGCAGCAAUAAUAACUUCCUAGUGACAGCAUCUUCCAGCGGAGACAAAAUAGUGGUGUCAAGUUGCAAAUGUAAACCCGUCCCGCUUUUGGAGCUUGCUGAAGGGCAAAAGCAGACAUGUGUCGAUUUAAAUUCCACAUCAAUGUAUUUGGCAAGUGGAGGCCUAAAUAACACUGUUAAUAUUUGGGAUUUAAAAUCAAAACGAGUUCAUCGGUCUCUUAAGGAUCAUAAAGCUGAAGUCACUUGUGUGGCAUACAAUUGGAAUGAUUGCUACAUUGCCUCUGGGUCUCUCAGUGGUGAGAUUGUUUUGCACAGCGUAACCACGAAUACAUCCAGUACACCUUUUGGCCAUGGAAGUAAUCAGCCUGUCCGGCACGUGAAGUACUCCCUGUUUAAGAAGUCUCUCCUCGGCAGUGUUUCGGAUAAUGGAGUAGUGACCCUCUGGGAUGUCAACAGUCAGAGCUCAUACCAUAGCUUUGACAGUACACACAAGGCUCCCGCUUCAGGCAUCUGUUUCUCUCCUGUCAAUGAACUGCUGUUUGUAACCAUAGGCCUGGAUAAGAGAAUCAUCCUCUAUGACACUUCAAGUAAGAAGCUGGUGAAAACUUUAAUGGCCGACACUCCUCUGACUGCAGUAGAUUUUAUGCCUGAUGGAGCCACUUUGGCUAUUGGGUCUUCCCGUGGGAAAAUAUAUCAGUACGACUUAAGGAUGCUGAAAUCACCCGUGAAAACCAUCAGUGCCCACAAGACAUCUGUACAGUGUAUAGCAUUUCAGUAUUCCACAACUCUGACGAAGGCAAGUUUAAAUAAAGGCUGCUCAAAUAAGGGCACCUCAGUGAACAAACGGAGUGUUGCUGUGAGUAGCAGCAGUGGGGCUGCUCAGAAUUCUGGAACCGUCAGGGAAGCAGCUGCCCCUUCUGUUGCCACAGUUCUCCCACAGCCUGUGACCACAGCCCUGGGCAAAGGAGCCGUUGCUGCUCAGGAUAAAGCAGGCUUGUCUUCUCGAAGCAUAAAUACAGAUAUUUUAUCUAAGGAAACAGAUGGUGGAAAGAGUCAAGAUUUCUCCAGCUUUGAUGAUACUAGGAAAAGUAGUUUAGGUGACAUGUUCUCACCAGUCAGAGACGAUGUUGUAGUCAGCAAAGGAGGUGAUGAAUCUGUAGGCAAAGGAGAUGGCCUUGACUUUCUACUGCAGCUGAACUCAGUGUUCCCCCCGAGAAAAAAUCCAGUCACUUCCAGCACUCUGGUGUCGCACUCCAGUCCUCUUGCCGUCUUCAUGGAAUCUCCAGGGAGAGAAGACAGUGAGAGCCCUGACCUGGCAGCUGAGGCGAAGAGAGCUCUCCUGGGGAAGCAGGAGCCGAAGGACUCCUUGAAGCAGUUUGCAAAGUUGAUCUCCUCUGGUGCUGAGCCUGGAUUUCUAAAUACCUCUCCAUCAUCUAACCAAAUAAGAAAUCUUGAAAAGUAUGAAAAGCCAGAAAAAGAAACUGAAGCCCCAUUGAUACAUGAACCCUCAGUCAAUGGAUCCUCAACUCCAGUUCCAAAGGUAGCGUCCUCGGUCACUGCUGGAGUAGCCAGCUCACUCUCAGAGAAAAUAGUCGAUACCCUUGGGAGCAGUCGGCCCAGCGCACCGCUGACCUCUGUUCAAAUCCGCUUCAUUCAGAACAUGAUACAGGAAACCUUGGAUGACUGCAGGGAAGCGUGCCAUAAGGAUAUUGUGAAUUUGCAAGUGGAGAUGAUUAAGCAGUUUCAUAUACAGCUGAAUGAAAUACACUCUUUGCUGGAAAGAUACUCUGUGAAUGAAGGAUUGGUGGCUGAAGUCGAACGGCUGCGUGAAGAAAACAAAAGACUACGAACCCACUUCUGAAGACUCAGAAUACCUUCAUUUUUAUGAUUGGGAAGCUUCUGGCAACUAAGAAUGAAACAGAGUCAGUAUUGUUUUCAUGGCCUUGACAGUGGGUUUUGCACCAGGCACUAUUCCAUCUCUAUCAGACAUAUUUAUAUUUUUAUAUUAAAACUGCACAGAAUACCUUCUUCCUAAUAGGGAAGUGAACAGGACCUUUAUGUUCUGAAUGCCUUAGCUAUACACUAAGUGCCCUUUGCCUAAGAGAAGAAAAUGUGCGUAUAAGGCUGGGUUUAUGUUUUACAAGUGACUCUUUAAAACAGUUAUAUUUUUGAUGGACAAAUUAUAUUCCAAAUUUUCUUUUUAGGUAGCCAGCGUUCAAAACAUUGGUAUACCCUCUAUUUUAUGAAGAAAUAACUUUAGAGCGGCAUUUGGAUUUUUUCAUGCUGCUGAUUAGUCAUUAUCUUUGUUAACUGAUGACGUCAGGUCUGACUUAUUUAUUGUUCGAUGUAUGAUGCUUGUAUUUUAAAACUUUGAGUUGUACAGAUACAUGGUACCUUUGACAUUUCUGCUUCUGAGGGCUCCCUAUUUUGGUUUCCGACCUUUACACAUGAAAAACUAAUAAGGUUUUGGAAAAUUCAAGGGCUAUACAUCUGCUGAUUGUCUAAUGGAUUGAUGGUAUGCAAAAUCAUGCUAUAAGGUUUUAAUCACCGUGGCUCAACUUAUAAUCAGUGAAAAUUUAUUAUAAGGUAAUAAAUAUUACAAUAUUGUUGCCAUUUUUCUCACAA